ACAUUAUAUGUUCAUCUACCUCUGGUUUUCUCUUACACAAUUUGUACAAAAUGAAAAUCCUGCAUAGAUACUCCAAGCUCUUGAAGUGGUUCUUAAACAGUAAAAAUUUCAAACUAACUCUCCUCCCUUGCCUUCUUUCAAAACCCGAAUCCGAAACCGAAAGCCCUUGUUCAACUUUCCCUACUGAAAAUCCUAACAACGACAUCACAAACAAAGAGCUUGCAAAAGUUUUUGAUCAUUUUGAUACCAACAACGACGGCAAGAUCUCCGGCGACGAGCUCUUCGCUUACUUUGUGUCCGUCGGGGAAGCCAUGUCCAACAUCGAGGUUCAGAGCGUGAUCGAAGAAUUCGACAGCAAUGGUGACAACUUGUUGGAGUUUGAAGACUUCGUGAAGUUGAUGGAAAGAGAGGGCGAUGGCAACGAUGAUCUCAAAAGGGCUUUUGAGAUGUUUGAAGUUGACAAAGGUUGCGGAUGCAUAACGCCAAAAGGAUUGCAGAACAUGUUCAAUCGAUUGGGAGAUGCCAAAUCGUACGAUGAAUGUGUGUCCAUGAUUGGAGUGUUUGACCUUGAUGGAAACGGAGUUCUUGAUUUCCACGAAUUUCGUAAGAUGAUGGUUUCGACUUGAACGUCGCGGUUUGUGUAACGUAACGCUUCUUAUGCCAACAAAAUAUUUAUAAAGAGUUGUUUCCACUCCGGUGUCUUAUCUUUUCACCUACUUUUUAAUGAAAAUUUUAAUUACAAGUUUA